AUGGAGGUGGAUGUUGUAUCUCACAGCCUAAACCUCCUGGAGACUCUCAAAGAGUCCAACGAGAACAACAAGCUGUCAGAUGUCAAGGAUGCUGUGGAGGACUGGCCGUGGCAGGAGAGCGGGGGCCCGAAAAAGUCUGCAUUCAUCAACGCCCUCCGCGGCCUGGGGCCUGAGGAUGAUGGAGCCGCCCUGUCCCCCUGCCCCACUCCUCCAGGGGAGAUGGCCAUCUAUCCCAACCCCAAGCACCCUGACUUCAGGCUCUGGGACUUGCCGCCCACCCCCGCAGCCUCGCCCUUUGAACCAGAAGGGUACAUGGAGCGGGUGAAGUUCCUGCGGUACAAUGUGGUGGUCAUGGCAUUCACACAGAGUCUCCAGGCCAACAGCGUGGCAGUGUUCCUGGAAGCCCGCUCUAUGCAGAGGGACACUGUGUACUUUUCCCUGCUGGCCUCAGAGAAGGACACAGAAAAGGGUCUGGAGGAGAGGCGGAAUGCCAGCCUGGAGUUGAUGAAGGCCCAGGGGGUGGCCCUGCCUAAGGUGUUCCUAGUGAGGCCCUCCUGUCUGGAGAAACUUGACUUCCCAGGACUCCUGGAGGAGAUGGAGAGGGACCUCCCAGAGAUCCGGGCUCACGCCCUCCUCCUGGCCCUGCCCACUCUCUCCCCAGUCCUGGUCACCCAGAAGAGGGACGCAUUCAAGGCCCUGGUCUGGGCGGCCGCGUCACUAUCUGGAGGGGUGUCGGCCAUCCCCGUGCCCCUGGUGGCCUCCAUGGUGGACGCCAGAGUGGGUGUGAGGAUCCUCACCAAGGCCAGGGCCUCGCUCUGUCUGGACGACGAGUCUGUGGAGCGGUUGGCAUGGCAACGCCGUGUGGAUCCGGCACGGCUCAAAGCCCUGCGGACGUGUAACUUGUCGGUUGAAGUCACUAAGGGUGAGGUAAAUCUUCGGCUGGCAGCGGCAGAGAAGGAGUUGACCACAAACACGACCCGGCUGGUGGAGAUGGCCAUGCCCAGGCACGCCCGCUCAGCCGGUCGUUCCUUCACUACCAUGCUGCAGGCUCUCAAUGGGGCCAUCGAUGAGAUGGGGGUUGACGAAGAGAAGAUACUGGCUGCUGCUGGUAUAGGAGAGGGGAAAUGA